AUGGACUGCAGGAUGGACGGAUGUGCGAUUAGCACUAACGGUUCUGGCAGCAAGUCAUGCGGGCCGCUGUCGGACUACCACAUUCCAGACUACAUACUAAAGCCAGACUCUGAACCAGUCAUCAUUGAUAAUGCACCAAUUUGUCCCGUGGUGGUCUUCAUCAACUCUAGAAGCGGUGGCCAACUUGGAAGUGGUUUGAUCAAAUCAUACCGUGAAGUUCUCAAUGAAGCACAGGUUUUUGAUCUCUCUGAAGAGUCCCCUGACAAGGUGCUGCACAGGUUGUAUGCCAACUUUCAAAGGCUAAAGUCUAACGGUGACCCUCUUGCUAUUCAAAUUGAGAAGAGCCUGAGACUAAUUGGAAAGAAGAACCCAGCUACUGACAAAGAGGCAGUCAAAUCCUUCCUUGGGCUAGUGAAAGAAGCAAGAGAAAUGAGCAUUGAUAGUUGGCAUAUCAUCAUGAGGAUGCGAGUUCCACAGGAAGGUCCAUGUGAUCCCAUUGCCCCGUUAGAGCUGCCUCAUUCACUGCAUGCGUUCCACCGUGUAACAGGCGCCGAUGAGCUCAAUGUGGAGGGUUACCACACAUUCCGUGGAGGAUUUUGGAAUUACUUUAGUAUGGGUAUGGAUGCUCAAGUGUCUUAUGGGUUCCACUCUGAAAGGAAGAAAAAUCCAGAGAAGUUUAAAAACCAGCUAACGAAUCAGGGUACAUAUGCUAAACUUGGACUUAAACAAGGAUGGUUUGCUCCUUCUCUAACCCAUUCUUCUUCAAGGAACAUUUCUCAACUUGCAAAGGUGAAGAUCAUGAAAAGACCUGGUGCCAAAUGGGAAGAGCUUAAAAUCCCCAGCAGUAUUCGAUCAAUUAUCUGUCUCAAUUUGCCAAGUUUCUCGGGAGGAUUCAAUCCCUGGGGAACUCCUGGCACAAGGAAGAAACAAGACAGAGACCUGACUGCGCCUUAUGUUGAUGAUGGACUCAUUGAGGUUGUCGGCUUUCGUGAUGCUUGGCACGGUCUCGUCUUGCUGGCCCCUAAUGGACAUGGGACUCGUCUAGCACAGGCUCAUAGGAUCCGGUUUGAGUUCCACAAAGGAGCAGCCGACCACACGUUCAUGAGGGUCGACGGCGAGCCAUGGAAGCAGCCACUCCCCAGCAACGACGAGACCGUCGUCGUCGAGAUCUCCCACCUCCGCCAGGUCACCAUGCUCGCCAACGGCCACUGCAAGUCAAAGAGCGUUGAGGACCCUAUGACUCCAUCAAGCCACGGGCAUGAGAACGACGACAGCGACAGCCUGGAGGACGAGGACGAGUGGAAGGAGGGGAGGAAGAAGUUUGGGGCUGCGGAUACCUUCAAGUUACCUGACGAGGUCGACAUCGCGCACCUUAGCUGA